GUCUAGACUCUAGAAAGGACAAAAGAUGAGAAAUGAGUGAACCAAAAGAAAAGAUAAACUUAACAUAUCAGUUGUUAUAUUUCUAUCUAGCUCCAAAUCCAAGUUUAACAAAUUAUUCAUUCUGUUGAAAUUUACAAUGGCAUCAUCAUGUGUAGGAACUCUAUUUUCCUCACAAACCAAACAUUUGACUGCUACCAAGGUAAGUGUAACUUUGCAUUCAACAAAGAGAAGAGUUGUAAGAGCAGCUGUCACAGAAAAACUUGGAAUCAAGAUUGAGAGCAACCCUCCUGAGUCCAAGCUCACUCAACUUGGUGUUAGACAAUGGCCCAAAUGGGGAUGCCCUCCAAGUAAUUUCCCAUGGACAUAUGAUGCAACAGAGACAUGCUAUCUUUUGGAAGGAAAAGUGAAGGUCACUCCUAGUGGGGCUAAUGAGGCAGUUGAAAUUUCUGCUGGUGAUUUGGUUGUUUUCCCAAAAGGAAUGAGUUGUACUUGGGAUGUUUCUGUUGGUGUGGAUAAGCACUAUAAAUUUGAAUAAAAUCUCAUAUGCCUAAUGUAUGAAGAUGGAGGACUUUGAUUAAUUGAAUAAAUAGGUCUCAUUUUAUUUGUAAUAGUGUAUGUAUGUAUGUUAAUCAAAUAAAAUUUAUUGCACAAGGUUCAUGUUAAUUA